CAGUGAAAUAACCAUGAAGAGCAUAAUAGUGUUCGCUUUAUUUGCAACCUUAACUCUGGGUUUUAGACUUUCGGAUGAUGAAGACAUAUUCCUAAGGAGGAUCCACGGGAACUGUCUUGAACAGAAUUACAUCCCCAGUCACUUCUUCAGUCGCCGUUAUGAGUUCCGAAGCUCUCCGGCGAUGGCGCAGCAUCUGCACUGUCUAGCCAGAAAUUACGGAUUCAUUUCUGAUAUGGGCCAUUUCGAUAUGGAUACGCUCUAUAGCAAACUUAUGGAGGUUUGCGACGUCGAAGACGCUCAAUUUAUCAUGAACACAUGUGCAAUCGAAUUGGAAUCUCCGUACAUGACGGUUACCAAAUUUUGGUAUUGCCUGGAAGAGCAAGGUUUGCCCUACAUGAGUCGACUUCUUAACUACUAUCGAUGAAAACAUGUACCUACUGAUAUGUAUAGUUAAUAUAAUAGAGGUUGGUUACAGCAUC